AUGGAUAGAGAUGGAUCCCCACGUCAGCUUGUACGUCUAAGGAUUUCUGCUCCACCAAUCUGCCUCAAAGUGACUGGAGCGCAGCGCCGCGGAGGAACUAUGAGAGGAUUAUUGUAGGACGUUUCCAACAGCAGAAUAUGGAUUUUGAUGAGCGGGUCUCUGGGUCUAAUAUGUAUUUACCGAGCUGCACUUAUUACGUCUCCGGAGCAGACUUCUCGGGUCUCCCUCAUUAUUUAACCCAGAGCCAGUCCUCUUGCCCCAUGGCAUACUCCUACCAGUCCUCAGCUCUGCCACAGGUCCCGUCCGUGAGAGAUGUGGCUUUCAGAGACUAUGGCAUUGAUACUCCCAGUAAAUGGCACCACAGCAGGGGGAGCCUAUCCCACUGCUAUACUGAGGACAUCGUGCACAGGGACGGCUGGACGAGCCCGACCUCAAGGGGGGGAGAGAUCCUGGUGAAAAGCGGCUCCGGCGCCAGCCACUCCAGCUCGCACCCGACGCCUGGCUUCUAUGGCAGCGUUGGCAGGAACGGCGUCCUGCCGCAGGCGUUUGACCAGUUUUUCGACACUGCCUACGGGAGCGCAGAAAACAGCACAACACCGACAGGCACACAGGCAGCAGACACGGACAGACACGCCGCCAAAACAAGCCCCGCUCCGGCUCACCCGGGCUCGGACACGGCAGAGAGCUGCAGCCCCAAGUCGUCCCCCGGCCACAGCGAGGAGAAGCAGCGCAAAAACAGCAGUGGCCAAAGGACGCGCAAGAAGAGAUGUCCAUAUUCAAAGUAUCAGAUCAGGGAACUGGAGAGGGAAUUCUUUUUCAGCGUUUACAUCAACAAAGAAAAGCGUCUGCAGCUCUCGCGGAUGCUCAACCUGACAGAUCGCCAGGUCAAAAUCUGGUUUCAGAACAGGAGGAUGAAGGAGAAGAAACUGAACAGAGACCGUUUACAGUACUACACCACGAACCCCCUGCUAUAAAACUGAACAAAGACUGUGACUGCAUGGCGUGCAGCCAUGCACCCCUCAUCUAGACAAUACCUACAUCUCACCUGGACAGGAUGACGAUUUUUUUAAUGUGCCAGACUCCAUAGAGAAUUCUACUAUUUAUACACUAUUUUGUCAUUAAACACUCUGGCUCUAUUAUUAUUAUUAUUAUUAUUAUUAUUAUUAUUAUUAUUAUUAUUAUUAUUAUUAUUAUUAUUAUU